GUUACAACACCCAUUGGGAGUGCUCGGGGCAUGAGGUGAGGGUGCAUAAUAUUUUGGCUUUCCCUAUCGACUGUCUCUCCCACUAACAGACAGACAGUGCUCGCUCUUAUUUUCUUCCAUGGUCGUCUCAUUUGCAAGUUUGUAGGAACAUUACAGUAAGUGAAUGUGACUCCAUCUUUUGAAAAGCCCUACUCAGUGUCUUUAUGGCUUUUCUCUUUCGAAAAUUUCAAGAGUUUGUGAAAAUUCUUGCAAAAAAUCCAACAUUUGCUAGGGAUCCAAGGAAGCUGCAAUAUGAUUCAGACAUAAAUCGACUGUUCCUUUACACCAGUUACAAUCGUUUGGGAAAGAAUGCUGAAGAGGCCGAUGUAGAGGAGAUCAUAGACAUGGCUAGUAAAGCCCUUUUUCAUGAUCAAGAGAAGCUAGUCCAAGAAAAUGUCCAUUCUCAAAUUAAAAGCUUCUGCAUGUCUAUGGAUGAAAUUCUUUUCAAUAUAGAGUUGAGAAAUGAGUCAAAUGAAUCACCUCAUGAGUCAAAUUUUGCUUCUCACAAAAAUGGUCUUUGUUUUGCUACCAAUAAUCAUCAGGAUGUACCUGAAACUACGCCAUUAAGACGAGCUGAAGUUUCUCAGAAACUCAAAGAUAUUAUGGGCUACACACUGGAGAUCAAACCCUCUCAAAUACCUCACAAGGAAGCAGGGCAAGGUUUAUACUUAAAUGGUGAAGUUGAAGUUGGUGCUGUGGUUGCCAUCUACCCUGGUGUAAUCUACUCCCCUGCUUAUUAUCGCUACAUUCCUGGAUACCCAACAGUUGAUGCAACGAACCCGUAUUUGAUCACAAGGUAUGAUGGGACUGUGAUCAAUGCUCAACCUUGGGGUUUGGGAGAUGAAAUCCGUGAGGUGUGGGAUGCCUUGACUGUUCCAAAAGUCAGUCUCAAUAUGCAGGGUGAUGAGAAAGGUGCAGGUCAGUUGCAGAAAAUCGUAAAUGUGCCUUUCAAAAACAAACAAGUCAAUUAUGGUGGUGAUGUUAUAGAGCGAAGAAAUCCAUUAGCUUUUGCUCAUUAUGCCAACCAUCCUGCCAAGGGUGUUGCCCCAAACGUUAUGAUUUGCCCUUAUGACUUUCCAUUGACCGAAAAGGACAUGCGAGUUUAUAUUCCGAAUGUUGUAUUUGAGAAUUUAGAAGACACGAAAUUGAAGGGGUUUGGCAGUUCUUGGUUCAAAUAUGGGAGCUUUAAAAAAACUGGAUCUGAGGUGCCUCUUUUGAAGACUUUAGUCGUGGUGUCUACAAGAGCUAUCUGCAACGAAGAAUUACUUUUGAACUACAGGUUGAGCAACUUGGAGCAUCAGCCAGAAUGCUAUACUCCAGUUGAUGAAGAGGAAGAUGCUAGUAGAUGAAGCUAGAUUUUUGAAGGUUGGUGUUCUUUGUUGCUCCUUGUAGCAUUGUCCCUUUAAUUGAUUCUUACUUGUUUUACAAUAAGUUAGGCAAAAGCUUGUCCAAGUGUCUAAAACCAUCCACAACAUUUUUUUUGUCAAGUUCUGCAUCUACAACUUGGAUGUAGAAAAGGAAAAAAGUUGGAUGUUGCAACUUGCAAUACUUAUGUUAAUAAUUAUAGUACUGGACUCUCCUAUAGCAGGCCUAUCAUUUUAUUUUUCACCCCAGAAGGUCAAGUUGAGUUAGAACUUUCAUGCUUUGAUCUAUUUGCUUCUUGUGCCACCA